UUCCUCUGUCUUUCUGAUAGAUGUGAAUGUUUUGACAGCAAGAGGAUCGUAUGUUUUGAUUGUUUGAUCAACACCACCAAGUAGUGUAUUUCAAAUUCAGAAAUGUUGUCGUUGAACUCUUUGCGGAUUGCGUGCUCAUCCCGGGCUUUACUGCAGUCAAACCGGAUGAUGACGAAUCGGCAGUCUGUUUUUAAAGCUGUUACAUAUUCAGCACACUGUUUGUCUACCAGUUUCCUCAAAAAGGACACAUGGCUCAGCAACACGAACCUCAGAGCACUGGGAAAGGGAGGAGCGAUAAUUAAUUACACUAAUCAAGUCAAUUCGCCAAGGAAUUACUGUGCAACUCAAGUGAAACUGAACUGCUGGAACUGCAAACAGUCUCUUGACAAAACACCUGCAUUUUUCUGCUUGUCAUGCAAAGUAGUCCAGCCCCCUGAGGAAGGGACAUCCUACUUCAAGAUCAUGGAUUGUGACUACACAUUCACACUGGACUUACAAAAGCUUCAGAAAAGAUACUUGCAGCUCCAGCGGUCUCUACAUCCAGACAACUUCAGCCAGAAAUCUGUGAAAGAACAGGAGUAUUCAGAACACCAGUCGGCUCUUGUGAACAAAGCAUACACGACUCUGCUUAAGCCUUUGAGUCGUGGUCUUUAUAUGCUGGAGCUGGAGGGGAUGCGUAUAGAAGAGGGCACAGACUCCGGAGCUGAUUCACAGUUUCUAAUGGAGCUGAUGGAGAUCAAUGAAGCUCUUGAUGGAGCACAGACUCCAGAGGAAGCCAAUAAGAUCGGCCAAAACACAAAAGAGAAACUGGCAGACUUGACAGUGCAGAUAGACGCUGCCCUCCGUAAAGGAGAGCUUCAAACAGCCAAAGCACUGCUUGCCCAAAUGAAAUACUUUGCAAACAUCGACGAGAAAGUGAAGGAAAAACUUUCGGAGUUUAUGUAAAAUUUGCCCCCCAGUUCACUUUAUAUUUUUAGCCACUUAAAAAGUUUUGUACAGAAGCACCUUUACUAUUGUGUAUUUUUCUUGUGAUUAUGAAAAUAUAUUGUUCAAUAUGAAUAAUAAAUAUGCAAUAUAUAAAACA